AUGAUAGCCAUCAUUUUGAGGUACGGACGGGACGGUAUUCCGUUGAAUCUUGGUCUUAAUGUUUCUGGAUAUGCGACUUUCGAGAAUAUAAACAAAGCCUAUGGUGCCGGAGCCAUAUCAAGACUAUCAGUCUUCAAAUGGUAUGGCAGAUUUCGUGCUGGAAAUGAAGCACUGGGAGAUGAAAACGGCCACGGCACAACUACAAAAAGGAGGAAACACGUAAACCUCUCCGAUCCUCCUCCAUCGCUGGAUAAAGAAGUAAACGAUGAGAAAAUGGAAGAAGGUGAGAGCGCAUCAGAUCUGCUUUCAAAAAACGACAGUACAAACCAAAGUGACUCCUCUGCUACUGAAAAAGGAGAAGACGCGGAAUUGCCUCCAACAUUAAAAGCGGAAGUUAUCAAAGAUAUGCCACCGAAGUUGAGGGCUUUCAGUCCCAUACCUGCCGAAAAUCAGGAAACAAUCGCAUCGGCGCUAGCCAGUCUUAAUAACGAGGUGCGAGUAAAAACAGAAGAAGUUGAAGCUGAUCCUGCCGAUAUGCCUCCAGAACUUGUACCAAUGGCUCCUAGCACCAGCACGAAGACGUACAGCGAUAUGAAUCUCAAAUACUAUGCAGCUCCAAAUCGACCGCCAACGUUUUUGGCUGUCGCUACGGGUCGAACUCGGCCAAUGCGCGGCGUAAGGAGGCUACCCCUUCCUCCGCUAAAAAACGAGUCGGAGAAAUCCUCAUUUCGGUUAGUGCCGGUGUCGCAUCUCAGACCUGCAUCGGCAUUGCAUCCUCGAACAGUCAUGGUUCGAGUUGGAGCUGAAUUGGGUAUAUCUAAGAGGGUCAAAGAAGAAGAACCAGAAGAAGGCGAGGGGGGAGAGCCGCAGCUUUUUAGCACUGGUGAAAAUUUUAUUUUUCUUGAUCAGCACCACAGAAGUCAAUUUGUCCUUGUUUCUUUGAAAACAGUUUCUCCCGAAAAGCAUGCUAAAACGAGAGCUGAAAUAAUCUUCACUGCAAUCGAAUUGCUGCAGUUUUUUGAGCCAAAUUUCUUAAGAAAUCUCGAGAGCAGCUUACCUACAGAUUCUGAGUCGGUAACUUCACGAUGUCGUCGACUUCGUCGUCGCGAAACUCUGACCAGGAAACGGUCGACUCCGGAAGAACCUCUCUCCUUGCGCAAGUGACGAAUGCUAUGGCCUCCAUUCAUUUGAAUCCGGAUAUGCCAAGAAUCUAUCACUGCUCCAUCAAAGGCAGGAAUGUGGAAUUUAGCCCGGAUCAGUGCAAAGCGCUUGAGUUGGGACUUGGUCAGUAUCCGCUCGCGGCCAUUUAUGGUCCAUAUGGUACAGGAAAAACCUUGCUCGGAGCCCUCAUAGCAACAUGCUCUGUAGAAAGAGGGGAUACUGUGGUGGUCACGGCUGACAACAAUUAUGCCGUCGCUCAGAUAACAGAGGCUAUUCUCUCCAUUGAUGGUCUUCAGGAUUUGGGAAUCGUGCGAUAUGUCUCGGACACAGCUAAGGUGGAAAAUAACGCCUCGACUCAAGUGGACCUCGAUUUUGUUCUGGAAAAUCUUGGCGACCUCUAUUCUAAUCAACUUUCUGCCAGGGAGCUCGAAAUGUGUCGCACCUUUAAGCGGGAAAGGAUGGUUUUGAAGGAGUAUCUGCAAGAUCCUGAUGUGGCGCUGUUUAUGGCUGAAGAAGAAAAGGAAGAGUAUAUUAUUUCGGAAGAGUAUGUGUCAAAGAAUAUGCGGAAAAUUCUUCAUCUUAUGUUUCGCCUGGUGAAACCACGCAUUAUCUGCAUCACCACCUCGUCUCUGCUACUGACCACCGCUCCUGAAGGGAUUUUCAGAGAUCACAAGGAGAAAUUCACGCUGCUGAUAGGUGAUGGUGCAUCCCAGAUAAUUGAGCCAUUUUUGAUGGCCACUGCUGCUCGACUCCCGAACGCUCGCCAUAUUUACAUCGGUGAUUCGGAUCAGCUGGAACCACACUUACCCCAUGGGGUGUCGAGAACGUCUAACAUAGCCGAAUUUGGAGCUAAAAGUUUACUGAAGGUUCUGCGGAAUGCGAGAGCGGUACCAGAGGUGGCUCUACUAACGACACACAGACUCCGUCCCGCCCUCACUGGGCUACUUGACUGCCUGGCUCAUACUGAAGGCUUGGUUAGUGCAGUCAAAGCUGAGGAUCGGCGAAUGCUGACGAGCGUAGUGAACUUUCCAAACCCUUCUCUUCCAUUUAUGUUUGUCAACGUCCCGUCCUCUUCUACGCAAGUAUCGAAGUCCUACUACAACGAGGAAGAAGCUAACUGCUGUUGGGAGAUUGUCGAUUACCUAAUCGGGAAAAGAAUCGCUCCAAGUGAUAUAUGCAUCAUCUGUUUCUAUAAGGAACAGUGGCGUCGCCUCCAGGCCAAGGCAAAAGAGCUGGGUGUCGAACUCGCUACUGUUGAAGCUGUCAUGGGAAGAGAAAAGGAAGUAACCAUUGUGCUCACGACAAGAACUGAUAUCCGUGCUGUUGGUGGCGGAUUUUUGGGCGAAUUUCGACGAAUCAAUGUGGCCCUGACUCGAUGUCGUCAGGGUGAGUUUGUUCUUGGAAGCAUGGAAGCAUUAUCGCAUCUUGAAGCAUGGGAGCGUAUUUUUAAAUGGGCAUCGGAUCAAGGUGCGAUAAUCAGCUCUCUAAAACUCAGCCAAUGUUUUGACAGUGUACAGAACUCUGU